AUGUUACUACACCGAUCUUUCACCUGGUCCACGUUCAUUUUAAUUUCUGCAUCUUGUAUUAUUCAGGGUCGAUCCCUGGAGAUCGAAGCUAUCGAAUCGAUUUCGAUCGUUUGUGCUCGCUGCUUGGGCUGGUGGAUGCGUACUACCGUCAUCCAAGAAGGCCUCCGUCGCCAUACGGGUGGUGCUCUGCGUGCCCAACGCGUGUCUCCUGAGAAAUCAUUACACUACACAGACUCAAACAGGAAGACGACAUGGACAAUUCCAGUUGACACGCCGGUGAGCAUAACGGCGCAGCUGAUUCAUAUGAAUGAGAACAUCUUCCCAAAUCCGAGACAAUUCGUCCCGGAACGAUGGUUGGAGAAUUUCCGACUCGAUUGGUAUUUGGUGGCGUUUUCCAAAGGCAUGAGAAUAAAAUACGACGUGUAUAGCGAAGAUGGAAAACAGCCUGCGCUCAAAUUAUACGACACAGUCAGGGAGAGAGACAUGGAGAUGGUGGCUGAUUUGAUUGUUCCUGCGCCUGAAAAGGGCAGCAAGGGAGUGAGACGGGACUCGAGGUCGUUGAUGUUAUACAGAAUUAACGUGAAGCCAAUUAUGAUGCUUAUCCUACCCCGCCACGUGAGCAGUCAUCUUGAGAUAGAAAUAACCACACAACUCAUCAUGGCAUUCAAAACCACCCUCAUAGUAGCGGCACUAGCCAUCAUCUAUAAAGUAUAUCUCCACGACUUCGCCACCAUUAUCCUCGGCAUCGGCCGAACCGUCCAGCCCAUCCAAGACUUCAACUACGACUGCCACCGUCUCCACCACCCCCUCCUCGAAGGCUGCGAGGAUAUCUGGCUCGACAAGACUGAUCGAAAGCUAUAUGCAUCAUGCACGAAAGUCGAAAGCAAAAGAGAAUGGUGUCCGUCGGUGAAUAAAUAUAAUUUGUCUGCGCCGCGGGGAAGGGACCAUAUUGCUGUUUUGGACAUUGACAACCCCGGAGAUGAUGGGCUGUAUGGAGUGCGGAAGCUGCAGUAUGACGGUGAGCUGGACCUGAAUGGAUUCGAUGCGAGGGAGGUAGGCGAUAAUCGACUUCGGUUCUGGUUGGUUAAUCAUCGCCCUGCUGUUGGGCCGACGGGGGAGUUGUUGGAUGCGAAGAAGGUUGGAGCGAAUUCGACGAUUGAAAUACUCGAAUUGGAGAGAGGAUCGACGCAGUUGAAGCAUAUCAAGACGAUAGCCAGCGAGGCAAUCAUCUCGCCGAACAAUCUCGUCGUGGAUGACGAUGGAGUAGGAGUAUAUGUGACCAACGACCACAACGGCAAAGUCGGAAUGUUUCGCGAACUCGAAAUGAUAUUCGGAAAUGGAAAUGUUGCAUACUGCAAUUCAGAGACUGGGAAGUGCCACAUCGCUGCCGAAAAGGGAUUCAACUGUGCGAAUGGAAUCACCAAACACGAGGGCUUGGUGUAUGUCGCCAACUCAGCCAAGGGAAGAGUGACUGUUUAUCAACCGGAGAAUGGCCAGUUGCAUCAGGUUGAUCAGAUUGAUCUGCGCAUUCCGAUCGACAAUUUCUCCGUCGAUGCAGAUGGUACCAUCUUCGUCGCUGCAUUCCCAGACUCACUCAGUUUGAGGAAGGCGUUCGAAGAACCAUACACAACAAACGUGCCAUCAACCAUCUACAAAAUCACAAAGAGCGGACCAGACUACGAGUUCACCAAAGUCAUCGAAGACGCAGCAGGCCAACACCUCCCUGGCUCUACAACCGCCAUCCACGAUACAGUAUCAGACCGUCUCAUCCUGAGCGGAGUAGCAUCUCCAUUCAUCACUAUUUGUACAAAGAAAUAA